AUGUAUACGAUUGAACGAUGUAAACAGUUUACAAAUGGACGAACAAUUGUUAGUUUACUCGAUCCUUUACAAUCAUUUUUUAAAGAAUAUUUAACUGAACUGAAACGUGUUGUAAAUAAUGUACGUGAAAGACAUUCGAAAAUACUUGGUACAGAAGAUUGGGAAUUAUUUCGUCAAACGAUAAGAAUUUUAGAACUAUGUGGCGAUUUUAUUCUUCAUUAUGAACAGUUUGAAUCAGCACUAGCUCAACAAAUGUUACAAAUAGUUAACGAAUGGCAACGCAAGACCAACAAACAAAAACAAGAUCCAUUUGAUUUUUCUGUCGAUUUAUUUUUGAGUAAAACAAAUCAACAAGAAUUUUUAUCAAUUAUUACUACAUUUGAAAAUGCAGACUAUAGUUUAUUUCCUGACAUUCCAAAACUAUUAUCGAAAUUCAGUGAUGAUUGUCAUCGUUUUGCAUUUGACGUUGUAUUUUUACCGAUAAAUAGUUUAUUGAACGGAUUUUCAAAAAGUCCAGUUUGGGCAAGUGAAAAUAGAGGAACAAUUGUCACGGAUUUACCAUCGUUUUCUCUUGUACCACAAGAAAAUAUAACAAAAGUCGGUCAGCAUUUACUAAUGUUACCACAACAUUUUGAACCGUUUAAUCUACACGACAAUCGUCAAUUGGGUGCGGCAUUUAAAAAAGGAAAAUUGCCAUAUCUUGAAGACAAAGAUUCAUAUACGGACUUAACGUCUUAUUGGUUAGAUGCGGUCGCUAUUGGAGCGAUGAAAAUCUGUAUGGAUGAAACAUUACAAAUUCAAGUUCUUAGUACGAAUGGUCUAAAGCAGUUAACGAUGGACUUGAAUUAUUUGUACAGUAUUUUCGAGGAUUUUGGAUUAAAGGAUAUUGGCUCAUUCCGUGAUUUAAUCCAACUAUUGAGUGCUGAAGAUGAUGAAAAAUUUGAUGAAAUAGCUAAAAAUAAACCGGCACGCAUGGUAACAACAAUACGAAGCAUGCGAAAAUUUAAAGGACUUGGUAUUGUCACACCUGUUGACGAAGAAAACAAUGAAAUUUCUAGUCUAGCAAAAGAUCAAAUUGAGCAAUCUCGACAACGCUUGACUAAAUUGGAAAAUGAUGGAUUAGAAUUUGUAACAAAUGUACGUGUGGGACAAGAUUUGAAUGAACAUCAACAUCGUCAACAAGAAGAAGAAGCGACGAGAAAAAGGAAUGAGCGUCUUGAACAAGAUGCUAAAUCAUCAAAAGAAAAAUUUGAAGAAAUUAUUCGGAAUUGGGAAAGUGCCCGCACGAAGGAUAUUCCUCGGGAAUUGCAUGAGCUUCUCAUGGAUCAAAAACAAGCCUGCUUUACAAUGUUGGAACAGAAAAAUAAACUUAUUGGAGAAUUUGAAAGGGAGUUGAAAAAUAAAGAUGAUCAUUAUGUUAAAAUGUUAAAAAAGUUCGAUGAAGGUAUCAAAUUACUUGUAGAACGAAUGAAUGAACAAAUCAAAAGUAGACGAAUGUAUUAUGCAAAAGAACUGUAUUCAAUUGAGGAAGCAUUUAUUAAAGAACGACAAGAACUUUUAGAAAAGUAUCACAAAGAAUGGAAUGAAAAACUUGAAGAAAGACGUUUUAAAGAGGAACAAUUUGUUAAAGCACGAUUUGAACGCUCUGAUGAAUUUGAUCGUGAAUUACAGCGUUUACGUGUAAAACAAGCGGAAGAAUUUAAUGCCACAAAAUUGAAAUUAGAAACUCAAAUUCAAGAACAACAACGAAAAAUUGAAGAGAUGAAGGCUGUGUAUCAGUUGAGUCAAGAAAAAUAUGAAUACAAUUAUAAAGUAUUAAAAAAACGUGAUGAGGAAAAUAUGGUUACACUUGGCAUACAAAAAACACGUAAAAUCAAAUUGACUGAUAUAUUAGCUGGUCUAAAACAGAAAUUAAAUCAAAAAGAAAAACAAUUCAAAACCGAAAGUAUACAAACAGCCGAAGAAUAUAAACGCACGUUAGCAAAUAUUCAAGAAAUUAAACGAAAAGCAAAACAUUUUCUAACAGCUGAUUUAGAAAAAUUUCAAGAUUUAUGGAUAAUGAAUGAAGAACAAUGUAAAGAUAUGGCAAAAAAAUUACUUGAAGCCGAUCGAAUCAUUUUUGAACAACAACUUGGACUCGAAUGGGAACAACCAGAUAUUUCAUUUAUGGAUAAUGUUGGUCCAAUUGAUGCAACAAAAGUACCAAAAUCUUCGAUUGAAGUUGUUAAAGAAAUUUUGCAAGCUUCCGAUGUGAAUAUGGCAACUGGCGGUGGUGGUAUAAAAAUGACAGGAGAUCAGCAAGGCGGAAGAAGAGUAACUAUUGAUACAUCAACAGGAGCACAAGAAGAAGGAGAAGAAAAAACUGAUGGUUUUGAAAUAAAAACUGGUGUUCAAGAAGCAGGUUAUAAUCUAUCAAAUCAGAGUAUGAAAUCCAUAUUAGAAUUAAUUUGUGACGAGGGGGAAUUUUUAAUUGAACCCAAAUUACUAGCAUUACUCGAACCAUUAGAUGAAAAUCAACAAAGUUUAAUUAAACUUGAUGCCGUAUUUCGUGCAUUAAAAAUUGAAAACGAAGAUGAUAUUAAAUUAAUGGCUAAAUUUUUCAUUGAUGAAGUUCAUAUUCAAGAAGUAUCUAAGAAAACAUAUGUGUCAAGUGGAACAGGACCUGAAGAGGAUGUUGAACAGCCCGAUGAAAAAACUGUUGUACAUCAUGUUGAAUUAAUCCAUCCGAAUCAUGUUUUGAAAGCAUUAAAAGAAUUUUUAAAAAAUUAUCGUAAUCUUAAAAAAAUGAAUUCUCAAGCGGCAUACAAAGUAGCCACUCUAGACGAUAGAGAUGAUUCUUUGGAUAGUGAAUAUUGGUCAAAAUAUGCGAAUGUUAUCGAUGAACGACGUGAACGUUUAUGGGAUUCCUUAUUAUUGGGUCUUCAAAAAUACCAUUCAAUAUUAACGACUCGUUCAAAACUCAUUGAUGAAAAUGCGGGUUUGAGUAAACAAAAUGAUGAACUUCGAAUGUUAUUGGCUAAAUACAUGCAAUCGAAGGUUAAUCAAGAAUUGCAAAUUCCUCCAUCACAAAUUAUCCAGUUACAACUUGCAGAACAGACAAAUGGAUAUUCAUAA